CGGCUUUCACCAUGGCGGGAGGGAGACCUCACCUGAAGAGGAGCUUCUCCAUCAUUCCCUGUUUUGUCUUCGUGGAGUCGGUGCUGCUGGGUGUCGUGGUCCUGCUAGCUUACCGCCUGGAGUUCACAGACACCUUCCCCGUGCACACCCAGGGAUUCUUCUGCUAUGACAGUACCUACGCCAAGCCCUACCCGGGGCCUGAGGCUGCCAGCCGAGCACCUCCUGCACUCAUCUAUGCCCUGGUCACUGCUGGGCCCACACUCACGAUCCUGCUGGGGGAGCUGGCACGUGCCUUUUUCCCUGCACCGCCUUCAGCCCUCCGCACCAUUGGGGAGAGCACCAUCGUGUCCGGGGCCUGCUGCCGCUUCAGCCCCCCGCUGCGGAGGCUGGUCCGCUUCCUGGGGGUCUAUUCCUUCGGCCUCUUCACCACGACCAUCUUCGCGAACGCGGGGCAGGUGGUGACCGGCAACCCCACGCCGCACUUCCUGUCAGUGUGCCGCCCCAACUACACGGCCCUGGGCUGCCCACCGCCCUCGCCUGACCGGCCGGGGCCCGACCGCUUUGUCACCGACCAGGGCGCCUGUGCCGGCAGCCCCAGCCUCGUGGCCGCCGCACGCCGCGCCUUCCCCUGCAAGGACGCGGCCCUCUGUGCCUACGCGGUCACCUACACGGCGAUGUACGUGACUCUCGUGUUCCGCGUGAAGGGCUCACGCCUGGUCAAACCCUCGCUCUGCCUGGCCCUGCUGUGCCCAGCCUUCCUGGUGGGCGUGGUCCGCGUGGCUGAGUACCGCAACCACUGGUCGGACGUGCUGGCCGGCUUCCUGACCGGAGCGGCCAUCGCCACCUUUCUGGUCACCUGUGUUGUGCACAACUUUCAGAGCCGGCCGCCCUCUGGCCGAAGGCUCUCCCCCUGGGAGGACCUGGGCCAAGCCCCCACCAUGGACAGCCCCCUCGAAAAGUUAAGUGUGGCCCAGGAACCCGAGGCCUGCAGGCCGCAUUCGACACCGGCACGGCUCACCCCAUCCAAGCCGCAGAACUGCGCCCGCCGUGGCCACCUGAUCCCCAGCUGCGUGUCCUCCAGGGCGCCAGCCAUGUGUUCGUCACCCCGUGUGCCCCGCCCUCGACUGAGGUCUGAGCCGACACCCCUACCACUCCCUCUGCCCCUGCCCGCGCCAACCCCCAGCCAGGGCCCCUCUCCCUCCUCGCCUGGACCUGGGGGGCCAGGCGGAGGUGGUGGACGUGGCCGGAAGCUGCUACUGCCUACACCCCUGCUGCGGGACUUGUACACCCUCAGCGGACUCUAUCCCUCCCCCUUCCACCGGGACAACUUCAGCCCUUACCUGUUUGCCAGCCGCGACCACCUGCUGUGAGGCCCCACCACCCACCCAGUGUCUGCCUGGUCCCCACUUCCCUGCCACGCGUGUGUGUAUGUGUGUCACGUGAGUGCCAAAGCCCCUUGCCCACACACCAGCCAGGCCCAGAUACCAAAAGAUGGCCGGAAGGACGUUGGGGGGGUCUCCUUGCUUCUCUUGCUCUCUGGGACACCCCAGUGGGGCAGAACUACAGGGUGGGCCCUUGCCCCUAGGAUUGCCCUUUUAAGGGCCAAAGCCUGACUCCAUUGUCCAUUGCCCCGCCAAUGAGAGCUCCCAGUUUUCAGAAUUCUAAUCAAAAGGAGUUUACUCCAGCCAAUGGGAGCUUCCCUCUCAUUUCUUAGAAUCCUCAAGCAAGAGGGCAACUGCAGCCAGUGCUCAGUGUCUGAAGAGCCAAUAGGAGUCCCUGGUUUUCAGAAUUUCUAGAGUGGGUGGGUAUGAUUCCAGUCAAUGGGGGACCGCCCGUGUCUAAGCAUGUGCAAAAGAGAGGAGAGAAAUGGGUCAUCCUGGGUCAUUCUUUGUCAUCCGGUCCUCUCUUCUCAGAAUCAGGGAAUCUGGCUGGAGGGUGGGGGGAAGGCUCCCCCUUGGCAGGGUCCUUGGGACACCCCUUCCCCCUCCCAGACCCUCCCCAUGUGCAACCUCUCACUCAGUCCCUCCUAAUUCCCUUAAGCAGGGCUUGCCCCAGUUCAGAGGUUUUGGGGUUCAGGGUGCUGUGUCUCCCCAUGACUGUGCCCAGGUCACCCCAAAUCCUACUGUUAUUUAUUAGGGCUGUGGGAAAGGACUUUUUUUUUCUUGGAACCCACCCCCUUUCUUCACAUUGCCCCCCCAUGCCUCGGCCUCAUGGAGAUGUGCCCUCAUGGGGGGCAUGAGUGGAGCAGAGGGGCUCCAUCCCGGCAGCCAAAGGCAGUGGGCAGAGGGCACACUGCCCCCUUUCCUGCCCCCUCCUCAUCUUUAAUAAAGACCUGGCUUCUCAU